AUGGUUUCGGUCCGCGGCAAGACAUGUCCAUGAGUCCCGCCCGCAAGACGCCUCAACACCGACACCAGGAGGACGUCGACGACGACGAAGACACGACUACGACGACAGUGCUCCCGUCGGGCCGCCAAGGUCAGCAGCUAGGCCACAACAGCACUCCGUUCUCGGUGUCCGACAUCCUGAGCCCCCUGGACGUGAGCACGGUCCAGCAGCUGCAGCACUUCCACGACGACACGGUGACCGUCAGCUGCGCGGCCGCCACCGGCGGAUUCGGAGGCCUGAUGAUGAACAGUCACUACGGGAUGCAGCUGGGUUCGCAGGGCUUUCCCGGCUCCCAGUACGGCGCGGGCCCGCCGGACCUGACGGGUCACUACGCCGACCCGAUGAGGCAGUCGGCGGCCGCGGCUGCGGCCGCCGGAUGGUACGGAACGGCGCCGGACCCACGCUUUGCCAUCUCGCGGCUAAUGGGCGGCCCCGGGGGUGCCGGCCCCGGAGCCCAGCUGGGCCCGGCGCUGAGCGCGGCCUGCGGAGGACCUGGCUCGGGCGCGGACUCGAUGGGCAAGUCGGCCGCGGCGGCUGCUGCGGCCGCCGCCUGUGCAGCCGCAGCCGCGGCCGCAGGCAUGCAGUUUCCUCUGGGCCAGCGCCGAAAGAGGCGGGUGCUCUUCACGCAGGCCCAGGUGUACGAAUUGGAGCGACGGUUCAAGCAGCAGAAGUACCUGUCAGCUCCUGAGAGGGAGCACCUGGCUAGUCUCAUACACCUAACACCCACGCAGGUGAAGAUCUGGUUCCAGAACCACCGUUACAAGUGCAAGCGGCAGGCCAAGGAGAAGGCCAUGGCCGAACAGCAGCUGCAGCAGCACGGCACCAACAGCGUCAGCGCAGGAGCGACGUCAGCGGCGCACCAGGGGUCGCACUCCCCUAGAAAGGUAGCCGUGCCGGUACUGGUGAAGGACGGCAAGCCGUGCGGCAAUUCCUCGGGAGAGGAGGACGCCGUCGGUGACCUGCUUUCCUCUACUGGCUCCUCGGUCGGUGGAGUGGGCGCCUCGCACCACCAGUCCUCCUCCUCAUCCUCGCAAAGGAGCGGCAACGGCAUUGGCGCAGGAGGCCUCCACCACCACCAGCACCACCACCACAGGUCGUGCCUGGUGGACAGCUCGCCCGGCGCUAGGGUCAUGUGCGGGGCGCCUCCCAGUAGUUCCAGCCCUCUAAACAUCAACGGCAUGACCUCGUACGGCCAAGCGGUCGACCUGAACCCGGGAAGCAUGGUGGGCAACCCAGGGGCCACCGGAGCCGGAGGCAUGCCUGGAGCCACGAUGACCUCCAUGUGCCCGUCCUACCUGCAGCUGCAGGGCCGCACCUGGUGACUGGACCUCUGGGACGCCUCGUGACCCCAGCGGGCCCACGAGGCGUCCCAGGCGACCGUCAAGAGAGAGGUCGCCACCGACGACGAUGACUGCAACUUCAGCGAGGACGAAGAAGAGGAGGACGAAGACGAAGACGAGGACCAGGGCUUCGCCGCCGCUUCCGGAACGAGACAUCAGCCACUCAGACAAGGAGCGCCCGAGGAACUGGCGCAAGAUGAAGACCUCUGCGACAUAGUGCUCUGAGGUCAGGCGGUCUGAAGAGGCUUUUGACGCAGUCUGGGCGAAUAAGCAUCGUCGUAACUAGUGAUCACCUUCUCGUUGAAGGCAUACCUUGCUAUAGUAGUAGAUGCCGCGAAGUGGCGCGUCGGCCAAGACUGCUAGAAGCCCACGAUGAAACUGCAAACCUUCGGUUUGAGAAGAAUACCACAUCAAGGACCAGAAAUAGUUCUGUUGCUUACUUUAGCGGUACCAUCCACAAGAAACUGUCACUGUGAAUUUGCUACCGCCAUCGUGCAGUCUGCUGACUUCUUCUGAAGGACAGAUACCAGUAGCAGGUGCUCUGAAACAUCACUUCAAGGGAAGAUUCUGCUGACAUUGUGAGGGCGCAGUUCAGUCAUAGGCCGCAACAAACAGAACGCGGCAACGAAAUAUACAAAGAACAGUGCGCUAUUCUCUCUGACAACGGCACAACAUAGUUGUACCUGUGUGAGGUGUGUGCGCCGAAAUUGCGGAGCUGAUCUUCUGUCGACGCGAACUUCCCAAAUGGCCUUGCAGGCAUGGUUUCUCAACUGGAGGCUUUUCUCAACUAAUAAGCUGCGCGCAAGGUGCUCGAAAAUCUAUGUCGAAUGGCAGUGCCAAAGCUCUUUUUUUUUUCCUUCGUCCAGCUUCAGACUGGCUCUCCGAACGUUGCACCAGCGGUGAUCAGCGAUGUGUGAUAAUCAUAGACAAUGUUCUCUCACAGACCACGGAAGAGCAGUGGGACUCCGGGAUAGACAAAACCAAACUGCUCCCCAGUGAACUUUACGUGUUACAGUGUAAGUGCCGUACGCGUCAUCCUGCGUUAACUUUUACCAAGUAUUAUUGAUGCUGGCCAAUACGCCUGUCAGUGAUGACAGCCAAUCUACGUGGACGUUCGUUCUGUGUGCGAGCUAUAACGUUACGACAGCAUCAUUCUUGCCGUCACGGCCAAAGACCCACAUUGUCAUACUUUGGAAUGUGAGUACAUUGUUUAAUGCUUUAUUUUCCGAGGAUAAACCAGAUGGCCUAUGAGAGAGCGGAUCUAAGUUUCAAACGACAGUAUUAGUAAAGACCCUAUUCGAUGUGGUAUCGCGAUUACUGGCCCAAUUGACGGUAUAGCGCUGCGUUACGCCAUAAGUACUAAUACAGAAGAAAAGACAGAAGGGAGUGAUCGUACGUGGAGAUUAAGAAUAAGUAACAAUGAAUUGUUAUUUAUUGUUGCUGUAAUUAUUGUUAUAAGCUCGAUUAAUAGACAACAUUUCUGUAAUUACAUUGUUUCACGCCGUCUCAUAAUUCUCGACCUUUGCGAUGAUGUUAGAAGUUUCGAAAGCAUUUGGCUGAGUUUAGUUGAUUACAUUGCUCAUAAGAAAACAAAUUACAUUGCGGAAAACAAAAAAAGCAGCGCUCGACCUGGCCAAUUUUAUGGAAUUUUCUUGCAUUAUAAAUACCCGAAUGCCCAUGACGUAUAAAAUUUCGCGGUAAAGGCACGAAAAUUUAUUAGAAGAAAAAGACAGCUAUCGUUCUCAUUUUCUCCGCUAAUAAGAAGUAUUUUUCAGCUGACGAAGCGUAUAAUAUCUCCCAGUCUAUGCUGAUUAAGUGGUUCCCCAAAGGAUCCUUUAAUUACUGUUUUAUAUACAGCACUUGUUGUACAGAUUCUAUACGCAAAACCUUAGCGGAAAGUCAUAAACGAUGUACUCGCAUUCCUGAUUUGUGUGUUCCAUGACUUUUACGACAAUAUCUGCUCAUUUAGGACAGAUUCACUAAAACGACUUUACAGAAAAAGGCGCCGCGACCAACACUCGGGUGGACGUGCGGAGGUCCUUUAGUGCGACGUCACUGGUUUUCUCGACAACGAUUUAGUGAUGCUGCAUGUAGCUGCAUCGUCAAUUCGACGUAUGUCACGUAGCUCGAUGGAACCUUGUACAUAUACCUGUAGUAGCUCGAUGAUAAUACAUACUGA